AUGAUACGCAUCUCAGUUCUUCUUUUGUCUACACUCUAUUCUGCUCUGGCAGCGGCGUGUGACGGCCCGUUUGAGAUCUACGACGAAACGUCACUUGAAAAGCUGCGAGAGUGUCCAGGAGCGGAAUUCAGAUUUACAAGUAAUGUUCAAGUGAAGCGGGCAUUCACCCCUAUACCCAGCUUCACAGGAACAAUUGACGGCCAAAAUUAUUACCUAGCCAUCCUUAAACUCGUCCCGACCAAGGGAAACAUGGGUCUUUUUCAAACCUUCACGGGCACAGUUCGGCGGCUCCGUCUAGUAACUGCAAUAAACGAUCUUCAUCAGCAGACAGAAAAAGCCGGUCUCUUUGCGGGGGCGUGCGAUAGCACAUCAAUCACGGAUGUUACGGUUAUGGGGACAAUUACUUGUAACGUCGAGCUAGAUCCCACUAUUGCGCAUUACAUAGGCGGCUUUGCAGGUCGCGCCCAAAAUAUAGGCGGCAAUAUAGAGUCUGUGGUUAACUUAUCCAUCAAAAUCACCGUUGGGAACCUUUUCGUGGGCGGCGUUCUUGGCAGCUUAGACUCUGUUGUAGAGACUGGGCAAACUGGCCUUGUAGCAAAAGGGUUCACGUAUAAUGGAGAGAUAUCUAUAGGAACGUUGAAUAUGCCACGCCCUACUGACCCUGCUGCCACGCCCAUUCAUGUAGGGGGAAUGGUGGCCAAAUCCGAGCGACCUCUAUUAGACUUCAGUGCCACCAAUAUUAAUGUGACAAUCUGGGCAGCAUCGCUCCAGGUCUUUUAUGGCGGCAUUGCUGCUAUUCAAUCUAGGUCUAUAAUGUCGUCCAGUGUUGCGGGAAUGUACGUGUUCGUCAACGAUUGUAGUGCUACUUCUUAUAUUGGCGGAGUAAUAGGAGAUUUGCUGCCAUCCUGUGCUGGCUGUACCAGCAUUGAGAACACCAAGGCAACCUAUGAGUCUUUUAUAGUUCGCGGCCAGCUAGCUGCUUCUGGAGGCUUUGCAGCCCAUUCUCUAAAUGGUGACUUUACACGGUGCAUGUGCUCAUACAAUCAUCUCUGGCUGUCCAGUCCUUCUGGUGGAUUUAUCGGAGUUGCUGAAAAUGUUCGCAUUUCUGAGUGUGCCGUUCACGUCACCAACUACACAGCGUCGUCUGCGACGAAUCUUGGGACUGGCGGAUUUGUUGCUGUGCUCAAUCAGAAUUCGUUGGUUAAUAAUUCAUAUAUACUCGCUGAAAACUUCACUUUGGACUCUUCUGGCGUGAGGAAAGGCUGUUUUGCAGGCGAAAUAGCCAACUCAAUUGUGUCCAACUCCUUCCUUCAGUUCGAAAACGCAACCCUUGUUUUAGCGUCAUCUCAGGGAACAAAGUUUGGCUUCUUUGUUGGCCUUUUUUCAUAUAAGAAUGCUAAAACGUCUAUAGAGCGUUCAUAUCUCAAAAUAAGCAAGUUCAACUACAAGAUGGAGACGGAGCAUACACUGGAUCUAGGAGGCUUCAUCACAGAGGCCACGGCGUCCUCUAGUGUAGCUACUAAUAGGCAACUUUAUGUGACGCAGUGCUGGAUGGAUAUCUCAUUGCAUCUGGACUUCUCCCGAAGGCCAUCUGGGUCUAAGACCUGUCUUGUGGGCCUUGUAGACUUAGCUCGGCAGGGCAUAGAGAUUAGUGACUUCUACGGGAGGGUGCAUCUUCACGGAGACAUUAUCAAUUUCGAAAGAGCCAACUGCAUGUGUGUUAUUUCGCAGGUACCUGCUCUUCCAUCUUCACUUUUCCAUAGAAUUAUAUUCAAUCUUAGCUAUACAUACACUGGAGAUCCUGCCUCGACACCUGGCACGAUUUACGUGUUUGGAGAAGGAGGAGAAUGCAUAAAUUGCAAUCAGUUGAUUGUGGCGAAUAACAAGUACAUAGAGCAAAAUAACAACUAUCUGUUUGAUCCAGAAAAUAUGCGCACUCUUAACUUUUAUCUGAACAGGGGGUGGGCAUUUGGCAACGUGGAGCUUUGGACCGCGAGAACUCUAAAUGCACCGCCAGUGCUCACGGCGCUUCCCUAUAUUUUGAACAGUUUUGAUAAGAGCAUAACGUACACUUCUAGCCGUUCCUUUGAUCUUGCAAAUCAGACCUUAGGUAUUAGCGGCAAUAAUAUUGGUGAUGACGAUGACGAUGAUGAUGACGACGACGAUGAUGAUGAUGUUGGGGCAGAAGGAUAUACUUUUUAUUUUCCCGUAUGCUUGCGUGAUUUAUGCUGGGAUUACACAAAUGUGUGGAAUGCAACAGACUCUCCGGGCCACGGUGAGCUCAUAUGGACUACUCGAGAAUGCUCUGUCAAACUUUGUUCCGUGUGUGACCCGACCUCUCAAUUUAUCUGUAUAAUAUGCUCCGGAGGACGAUUGACAGACCAGGGGCAGUGUCAAGUGUGCAAGGAGGGGUGCAUUGCAUGCCCGGAGUCCCCUGCUAUUUGCACUAAGUGUGCUGACCCUGGAUACGAGGCGCAAGGAGGAGAUUGCGUCAACAUCAAUGUAUGCCUGGCGGAACCAGACUGUCUUCUUUGCAACGUCGACAAUAGAAUGCUGUGUGAGCGGUGCACGCGGGGGCACUGGCUGAACAAGGAAACAAACAAGUGCCUGCCCUGCCCACCCAAUUGUUAUGUGUGCACGACAGAUACCUUUUGCACCCAGUGCUCAGUUGCCGAGAUACAGCCCAUUGCGGGCUCGUGUGAUUACUCGUCUACUUGCGCAGAUACUAGCACAUGUCUGUUCUGUCAAACCGAUGAUCCCACACAUUGUCUGGUCUGCAUCGACAACAGCAUGACACCUAAUACUAAUGGAAUUUGCGUAUCGUCGGAUACCCUUUACUGCUACAUUGCCCGGUGCUCCAUGUGCCUCCCUAACAACCCGUACUGGUGUGCAGUAUGCGAGGUGGGGUCGUACGUCUCCUCCAUCUAUGGAAUCUGUAUGUACUGCGAGACGGGGUGCAAGCAGUGCACAGAGCUGGAAUGCACUAUGUGCAUAGAGGCAGAUCUUCUUCCGAUAAAGGGCACCUGUCUUUACUCGUCGGACUGUAACAUAUCUAACUGCAAGUUUUGUGGGGGUGUGUUAUAUAGUACAUGCCUCCAGUGCAUGGACGGAUAUUUGCAAACUGGCGUCGACGGGGCGUGUGAAAGGCAAAGUGUCAAGAACCCAAAAGGGAUUUACAUAGUCGUGUUUGCUGCCAUUGCAAUAGUGGGCACACUCAUUAUUAUCGUCGUUAUCGCUAUUCGAAUAACCAAACGCAUUAAGAACAAUGCAGAGAUGUCUGAAAGGGUAAGAUUAUUAGCAACAUCGCAAGACAGAACUCCUACAACGGAUCCUGCCACUCCGUCAAGGACUUUUUACACUCCUACAGCUACAUUUAGAGAUAGUGGCCACGAGCCGACAGAGCAAUCUUGA